AUGUAUGUUGAUGUUGAGAGUGAGGAAGUUACUGAAUGGACUUGUGAUACUGAAGAGGUUGAAGUUGGGUUGCUAUGUCCCAGUAUGGCAGAGUAUAAGUUGUUUGUAACUAAAUUUUGCAUUGCCAACUGUAUUGAAGUUGAGAAGUUUAAGGAUGAUCCAACCAGAUUGAAGUGCAAAUGUAAAGUCAAAAAGUGUCCAUUCAGACUCUAUGCUAAGAGUUAUUGGGUUUCUUGGAAAGGUAAAGCUUUAACAAAGAAGUUUGGGUCUUACGAAGAUGGGUACAAGUUUGCACCUGAGAUUAUGGAUCAGAUAUUGAAAAAGAAUGCAGGGAGUAUAACUCUUGUUACCACUGAUACUUACAAGGACUUCAAUUAUUGUUGCUUGGCAUUUUAUGCUUUUUUGAUUGGUUUUAAAGAUGGAUGCAGGCCAUUUAUAGGUCUAGAUGGGUGUUUUCUCAAAGGAAAGUAUGGUGGAGUGAUGCUUUCUGCAGUGGCACUUGAUGGAAACAAUGGUAUGUAUCCUCUGGCAAUCUUUAUUUGUGAUUUUGAAAACAAGGAAAAUUGGAUUAUUUUUCUCAAUCUUAUCAAGGCUAGAUUGCUAGAGCAUCCUGCUCCAUUAACAUUCAUCUCAGAUAGGCAGAAGGGAUUGGUCCCAACACUUCAAGAAGUGUUUUCUUCAAGUAGGAAUAGAUUCUGUUUUAGACACAUAUUUGAGAAUUUUAAGACCAAAGGCCAUAAGGGGACUUACAUGAAGACAUUAGCAUGGGGUGCAGCAAAGGCCUAUAGGAACACAUAUCACAAUAAGUAUAUGGCUACUAUGGAAACAGAUAAUAAGAGGGCACACCAAUGGUUUGAGGAUAUCCCAACACAUCUGUGGGAAAGAUCUACUUUUGAUACUACUUCAAAAUGUGAGCAUGUGACAAACAAUUUUUCAGAAAGUUUCAAUAGUUGGAGUUUGGAUGUAAGAUCCAAACCUCUGCACAGGAUCCUUGAAGGGUUCAAUUUGAAAAUGAUGGGUCUGAUGUUUGAUAGAAAGAUGAAGAACCAUGAAACAUCAAGUAGAUGGAAUGUGGAUGUCAAGGAAAAGAUUUGUAAUUGUAACGUGCGGGAACUUACAGGAAUACCCUGUGUACAUGUUGUUUCUGUUUCUUGCCACCUUAGACUGAAUAUCAAUAGUAUGGUACAUGAUUAUCACAAAAUCUCAUCUUACAAAAAGGCUUAUGCUGGAAAAGUUGUUGCAUGUGAUAGUCAAGAUCACUGGAAUGAGGAGCAUCCAAUGGUGGUGUACAUGCCUAAGUUCAAGAUAAAGACAAGUAGACUAAGAACUAAGAGGAUUAGGUCUGAUGUAGAAGGAGAACAACCACAUAAGAAGGCAAAAAGAUCUUGUACCAAUUGCAGUCUACUAAACAUAACAUUAGGACUUGCCCAACCAUAA